GUCCAGAAAUAAUACUGAUCGGAGUUUUUUAGGUUUUCAGCUUAAAACUCUGAAAAUCUAUUAUACUUUGAUGUAAAUAUACUAAUUGAAUUUCUAAUUUUUUGAUUAGUUCAUUAAUUAGUUAUGAAGGGGUCUUCGAUUACAUCAGCACGCAUCGUUCCUUAAAAGAAAUCUUUUAUUUCAGCAGAGCGAUUCAAAACAAACACAGCAAUAAGUCAAAACGAAGAUCAACAUAUAUAAAUAAUGGAAGAUAUGCCUUGAAAUAACUAUUGAUUGAGAGACCUGCUGGAUGAAAUGGUCUACAAAAUCCGAAGAAGAAUACCCCGCCUUUCGGCUACCUUGCGGUGUAGGGUGCUGUCCGAGGACAGUUUUGAUAAGCCCGAUAUUUUUCCUACGUCUAUUGGUAGUACAGCUCUGGACAGAAGGCCAGCCUGACGCAGAGUUCUUCCCGCUCAAUCACUUAAGCUUCCCAUACACACUGACUAACCACAUACUAGUCACACGGACUUUUUUAUUGUAUGUCAACGCGUAGCCAGUUUGUUAUCGGAUGGGUGGUCCAAGAUAAAACAGUCGUUAGUAACUUGUCCAAGGUCAUUCUAUGACUGAUGAAGCCGAGGUUCGAACACAGUAUCUUGUGAAUAUGGGUCAAACAUCUUAACCAUUCAGCCAUACCGGCCUACAAAAUCCGUAAACAUCUAUUAUUUGAGUAAGCUUCGGUACAUCGGCUGCCCUGCUCAGUGUGCAUUGCACAGCAUUGUCUAUGAUAUAACCAUUUGACAUCUUUCCACUGUUUCACACAUCAGUGAAAGACAUGUUAGCAGCUAUCUGGGCCUAAUCAGCCAUCCAAUAUCUACUUUCAUGUACUAUGUUCUAUGCCGUUUUUGAUUAAAGUCAUCAUUAUUAUUUUCAUGAUUGUUUUAUCUAGACACAGUAAACGCAAGACGGCUGGACACAAUAUUUGUUGACUCUUGGCUUUUGUAAAGUUGACAUUUGAAUUAAUAGUCAAUAUUCGUUCAAUCACCACACAUACUGUCGUCUCAUCUCCAAAAUCUGGCAAAGACUGUACUGGAAAUGCAGUUAAUUAACCAUCGACAGAAUUGACCCUAGUCUCAAUCCUGCUCAUUCCUUGAGAAACCCUGGAAAGAUCUUGCAGGAUCCUGAAUCUCAAGGAUCCGAUCAAGUUUUAUUCAGGAUCCUAUUCCGAAUCCUGGUAAUUCCUGUUUCCAAGAUUUUUCAAGGUGAAAUAGAAUUCUAUUCAGGAUUUCUUCAGGCUCCUGCUCAAAUAUUUUUCUGAGUUGAGAAUACAGGAUCCUACCAGGAUUUACUCAAGAUCCUAUCAAUGAUCCUCUCAAGAUUAUGAGAGAAGAUUCUGUCAAGAUUUUAUUAGAUUUUCGUCAGGAUCUAGGUCAAAUCUUUGUAUCAAGAUCCUGUCAGGACUGAUAUUCACAUCAGACGAGAAUCUUGGCAAGAAAAUAACAAGAUUAGUCAGAAUACGAAGCCAACUAAUCCUGCAAAGUUUCAAUCGGGAUCUUAUUCAGAAUCUUUCAAGAAUAUGCGUUUCCAUAUUUUGCAAGACAGUAUCGAUUCUAAUCAGGAUCUUGAUAGGAAAAUAUAAGGAUUUAGCAAAGAUCUUUACAGCACCCUGCUUAGUUUCUUCAGUCGUAUCUAUUUCUUGAGACAACCUCGAAGGAUCUUUAAGAAUCAUAAAUCUUAAGGAUCCUGUCAGAUUUGAUUCAGGAUUCUAUCCAGAAUUAGUUCAAGUUCUUGCUCGAAUUUUUUUUGUAUUGAUAUUGCAGGAUUCUAUCAGGAUUCACUUUCGAUCCUAUUCAGGAACCUGACAAAAGUCAUACGGAGGAUUUCGUCAGAAUUUCGUUAGGUUUGAAUCAGGAUCUGUUCUGGAUCCUGAUACGAGGAUCCUGUCAAGAGUUAUGUUAUUUCAGAGAAGGAUCUUCCGAGGAAUAAAACAAGAUUAGUGAGAAUCCUCAACUGAAUAAUCUUGCCAAGCUUCAAUCAGGAUCCUGCGAGAAACUGUUCAAGAACAGACAUUUCGGACCCUUAAAAAAAGUACAAGUAUGAGCAGGAUCUUGAUAGGAAAAUAUGAGGAUUCAGUUAAGAUCUUUCCAGGUUUGUGUUUAGAGACUAUUCAAAAUUUAAUUUGCAGGAUGCUGUCAAGAACCUAGCAAGAAUGCAUGAAACAGCUCCUUCAUAUUAUUAGCUAGGCUUACAUCAGGAUCCGUUCAAGCUUUGUAAAUCUAUAGAUUACAACAGAAUUUCAAUACCAAUGUUGAGCACAAUCUCAACAAAAAUAAAUAGAAGGAUGUUUAAGAUAUUAUUGUGUCUUUAUUUAGAACGCGACAAAAUUCUGAUACCUUAAUAAUCUGCUAACAUUUCUAUUCUGAUCCUGAUUUGGUAAUUUUAAUAAAGAAAUAGAACGAAUCUUAAAAAUCUCAGAAAAAUAUUUUCUAAACCUCUUUAAAGUUUAUAUAAAAGUUGCUUUGAGAUUCGAACUACAAUAUUAAGUUCUUUUUUUAUCUUAUCAGGAAAAUAAAAUUGAAUAUCAUUAAAUUAGAGUGUUAAUUUGAAUCUAGUCAUCGUAAAAUUUUUUCGUUCAAUAUAUAAUUUUAAUCAGUAGCAGACCUUUUGAUAAAAACUGCUUAUAGUUUUCAUUAUGCUCGAAAAAAAACUCCAAAUAUUUUUUUGAACCAAAUUGAAAUAAAUAAAUUCUAAAUAUAUUUUUCCAAUUGAAUUAAAAUUAGAAAAAUCCAAAUACAGUUUUUAAUUCAAAUUGAAAUAAAAAAAUAUGCGAGAUGCAUUUUUUAAAUCAAGUUAAAAUUUAAAAAAUUCGAAAUAUAUUUUUUAAAUCGAAUUUAAAUAUUCGGAAAUGAUAAAAUUUCACCGACUAAAAUAAAUAUGUAAAAUAAUAUUGCAUUUUCAGAAUUUUAUUGAAAUAAUUUCUAUCUACAUAAAAUUCAAAUGGAAGUUUACAUUAAAGUCAGAAAUGAAGAUAUUGAGCGUUGAAGUGAUAGAGAAUGACAUGACACAUCCAGCUGGGUAAGCUGAUCAGUAUUUAAACUGUAGGUCUAGAGAUCGAUACUCUAUGUGUUCAUUUCAUUUAUAUUCUAUUUAGAAAAUCCUGCAAAGAUUCUGCCAAGAAACUAACAACAUCCUGAAGGAAAUCUAGUUCAAUCCUACAGAGAUUCUGUCAAGAAAUUCGAUUAUAUCUUCGAGGAAACCUCGUCAAAUUCUGAAAGAUGUAAUCAAAAAUCUUUUUUUCCAAUGUUGAAUUAUUGAAACCCUGAAAGGAUCCUACAAUUUCGUGGCUGCACAUUUCUUUUAGGAAUCAUCAAUUUUCUGACUUAAUCUUGAUUCAAAAACAAUGAUAAACUUGUCAGGAUCCUUGAUAAUCUUCUUUUGAAUCCUGGCAAGAUCCUUAAAAAUCGUGGCUACACACUUCUUUCAGAAAUCACUGAUUUCUUGGCUCAAUCCUGAUUCAAAAACAAUGGUAAACUUGUCAGGAUCCUUGGAAAUCUUGAUUGGAAUCCUGUGAGGACCCUAAAAUUCCCUGGAUACACACUUCUUUCAGGAUUUAGUCGUUUCCUCAGGAAAAAAAAGCGAAUCCUUGCAGGAUCCUGACUAUAUCUGUCAAGGAUCUGGCGCUGAAACAUCAAAGAUUUUCCUUAUGGAAAAGUCGUACUGAUAAUGGUUAUUAUCUUCGUAGUGGAAAGUAAAAAGAAUUUGAUUGAAAUACGCUCAUGACAAGCGAAGAAUUAAUUGAAAAUGGAUGAAAAUACCACCCACAUCUGAUUUCACACGAACUUCUUUGUUUGUAUGUGAUAGUUGAAAGAAACCUGUUUACUAUACCUGAAGCAAACAUGUCCAAUAGUUACAGAAUGAGUUAAGUUUACAGUUAGAGAUUAAUGUCGAAUGCUCACUCGUUUUGAUUGAGUUCGAUGAAAAAAGAUAACAUCAAAGGAAAGACUCAAACUGUUGUUGUCAAGUUGACAUAUUAUUUUAUGAUAAGAUUAAUUAACAUGUUCGAAUUAUCAGAUAAUUUUGGAAAACAUUCAUCACUAUUCCCAUAAUAGUUUGCAACCGUGAUAAUCAUAUGUCAGAUUGUGAUUAAGCUCGAAAUAAGUCGCUUGAUGAUACUGAGCCCACAAACACGUUUAGGUUAAUUGUUUGAGUGGGCGAAGUCUUCUUACCUACACCCUCAUAACUCACAAAAACACGGCACCUGAUUAAAUAGAGUUUGUGUAUAGGAUUGAUAUAAUCGUAGUCCUUAUCUAGGAACACAGUAAUUGAUGGUGUAGAUAAUAGGCGUGUUUUAGGCUUUUGGCGAAAUACUCCGUUCGAUCUCUGAAAGCUAUCAAAUACAUCUGAAAACUGUUUCCGUAGAGCGGUUCUCGAAAUAAUUGUACCGAUGCACACUUUUUCCACAGUGAUAGUGUAUAUUCUACAAUUAGGUAAUUCUUGGUUUAUUCUGAUUUCUCAUUCAAAAUUUAUAUUUCGUUUAUAUCUUGCAAAUCUUGAUAAUCGAUUCCGCAGAGUAAAAGUCUCUGACGAGUGUCUUUCGCGGACUCGAGAUCUAGAUCCUUGCAACAAAACUUUUUUCUGUUAUUCGAAUAUAUGAAAUUUAAGUUGACGGUCUUGGAAUCAGAUUAGAUUAGCAUUAUUGAGUACGAGUAGAUUUACAUUAGAAUGGACUAGUGUCGAGAAAUAAUUCAUGAUAUGAUAGUUUGUGGAGACGUAGUUUUUCUUAAAGAAAGGCUUAAGUAUGAACGGUGACUAUUUAUUGUCUUUUAACUGGCAGGACUAUAAGAAGACUUUCUGAUUUUCAAUUUACUAUUUGCUUUGAUAUAAAAGAAGCUUUUCUAAAAAAGAAGUUUUAUCGAGGCUGCCAUUCAGGCACAUUCAUGAUUUGUAUACUAAAAAUAAUCUCUGAUGUAUUGACGGUUGUAUAGUAGGAUCUGUUGACAUUGUGGUUUCGUUUUUGUUUUCGAAAAUCGAUACUCAUAUAGAUCAUGUGUAGUAUGUCAAAUCAUAUCUAUUAAUUUACUAUGUUGUCCUGACUUUAGUGUUCUACAUAUUGUCUCCGAUGUCCUUAGAAUAAAUUCCGAUAUCUUAGUCCUGAUGGUCAUAUUGAAGAAGAAUUAUAUAAGCCUAAAUUCAUAUUUCAUUCCGCUCAUUUCUUCAUCAAUGAUUUUGAUGUAUUUUUGCAGUGGAUAUUUCGACAAUCAUUCUUUAUAUUACAUCAUAUAAGGAAGGGAAUAUUCAACAUAAAUAGAACAGAACAAAGAAAAUAAAAAUAACACGGAUGCAUGCAUGUCUCACUGUCUAAGCUGUCUGGCUGCCUAGACUACCGGCCUGUCUAGAGAGUCUCUCUUCCUUUGCCUUCACUUCUGUGAACUUUUUUCUUCGUAUAUUUAUAUCUUUACAAAACAAUAAUAAAGUAAAACAAGUGUUAUUCAAAUAAAGCUAUGCCUAAUUUCAAAGUGCAAAAUUUUUUUUCAUUUAAAAAUUUCGAAAACAAUUUAAAAAUUUAAAUGUAGACUUGGCGACUCAAUUUUUUUUCAAAAUGUAGCCCGUUCUUUGCUGAAUAGAGCUAUGUAAUUAGAAAUGUUCCAUCGUUUCUUGGUUUUCCAGAAACAAGCAUUCUUUUCGAUCAGUGGGUCCAAAAACCAUGGUUUUCUAGAAAACAUGCUUCCGAACAUUUUGAACAAAAGUGUCCGCUAGACAAAAGAAAGAGCAUGGUCUGAAACCCUUAAGUUCUAAAUAGCGUCAAAUCAGAUGUACCAUUAUCAUGUUUGGUUUUGGAUGGAACACGCCUAUUCAUGCUAAAAAUAUAAUGCAGAUUGAGUAAAACAAAGAAAUAUCUUUCAUAAUGAUUUUCAAGCAUCAAUGAUCUAAAUGUUGGGUCUUAGAGAUAUGAAAAAAAUGGUGACAGCGGUGAGAUUCGAACUCACGCCCUUUCGGACCGGUGCCUUAAACCGGCGCCUUAGACCGCUCGGCCACGCUGCCUACUUAAUCCCAUAAUAAAAUCCCUUUACAUGAUAUUACUAAAGAGUCAUUAUACAUUAUUUAUGACACAUUUCAUAUAUCUAUAUAACAAAUUCAAUUAUUUUCUUAUCAGAUAUAGUUUGAUUUACAAACAGAAGUGUAGACUUUUGUAAAGAUAACUAAUUCACAAUCGCUAUCAUUUAUGACAAUCAGAAAGCAGAACAAAAAAAACUUUUUUUUCUUAGCCGCGGUUAUAUAAACUAUAACAAAGCUCACAGAGAGUUCAAAUCAACACAAGUGGAAUCAUAUCUUCAACAAUUUAGUAUUUAUAGUGUUAUUAAUAGUUUAUACUUCAUAGUUCCACUUAAAUAAUUAUCAGUAUUCGUUCUUUGCUUCUUCUCUUCUAUGAUCAACAUAAUAACACCUGGUAUUUAGUCGCAUAAUAUGAAACGCAUUUAAUUUGAUUUUAUCAAUCCGAUUACACUUAUUCAUGAUACUGUGCAUCUUCUGCAUUAAACAUUCAAUAUAUUAUAUUAAGCACCAAAUUUAUUUCUGAUCUGAGUUUCAGACGAUCUUAUUUAAAUAAAAAAAUAACAAUUUUCUAACGAAAGUACUUCAUUACUAUUAUGCUUGUUUUUUUCAAAAAAGUUUUUGAACUCCAGAAAUACUAAUGUAUUUUUUUGUUUGAAGAGAUACAUUCAUGAAAUACGAAUAUACUAAUCGAGAUUACCCUAUUUUUAAAUUAACAAUUUUCGUUUAGUCUUUCUUCUUAGUAUACGAACUAUCAAUAAAGUAAUGAAAAUACCAUGUAGUCAAUCAUUUCUCUUUCUCUUCUAUGCUUAGAGGAAAAAAGAAAGAAAGCAAAAAAUAAAAAUAAAAAUCGCAUAUACAGCGUUCGUAUUAUUAUAAAACAAAAAAAAAGAAGAGAACUUUCUUUGCAUCAAUAAGAAAAAAAAAAGAUGAAUCAUAAUUGACAAAGCAAUGUUUUAUACAGAGCACGUGUAUUUAUGGGAUAAAUAACAUUUUUUUUCAACAUCACGCGUAUAAAUCUUACACUCCAAUCGUUUGAAAAGGUGACUGAAAAGAAAGAAUCAAAACAACAAUACCGAAAAACUGUUUCGCAAUCACACAUAUAUUUAUUCACUAUGGCCUUAUCUCCACCAAAAAUGACUAAUGCAUGCAAUGAAGUUGGAAGUUUUAAAUGCAAUCGUAGUAGUCAAACAUAUGAUCAGCAAGAUGUUGACCAACAUCAAAGAUUUCUCGACGAACAGCUUGAUUGGCUAACUGUUGACCAUGAUGAUUUAAGACAAGAUCUUUUGGAGCGAAUCUUAACACCAAAAUAUCAUCCUUCAAUGACUGUAAUUGAUACAUGGGAACAAGAAAGUAUAGCAUGUAUUCGACGAACGGCUGUUUUUGCUCGACGAGCGCUUAUUGAUGCUUUAGAUCAACAUGUAUUUGAAAUAAGCAAUAAAUUAAAUAUAUUAACGCCAAAAUUACGCGAAGCACGUGAUCGUAUCGAACCUUUUGACGAAGAUGAUAUACGAAAAUGGGCUAGUAUCUUACAAGAGUUGAAGCAAAUGCCACUGUUUCCUGUUAUUAUCGACAAAGAAAAUAGUAUUCAUGGAUUAACUAUCGACCUUAGCACGCAUGAAAGAACUUCUCAUUCGGAAUCAAAUUGUGAAGAACCUACGCCACAUACUUUACUUUCGAUUAUUCGUAAUCCUACUUCUUCAAUGUCAAUGUCUAAUAGAAUGGAAUGUCAAACAAGAUCUACAAGUGCCCUGAAAAACAUUCACGCAAAAAAUAAAGCAGUAAAAUUUGAUGAUAUUUCUUCAAAUAGAUCAGAGACCAUUACGCCAAGAGGAGUUCUCAUUAUUAGAGAAUCACAAAAUGAUGAGACUACUACUCUUCGUAUUCAAUAA